UAAUACCGUGAUAAAAUCUAAGCAACAGUCAACAACACGUGUUCUUUAAUAUUAAUAAUUGUAAUAAUUUUUAAUUAAGGUUAAUUUCUCGUUACACCGUUUAAAAUAUAAUGGGUAAAAAACGUAGGCGCACUGACGAAGAAACCGAAUUUGAUUUGACCCGAAAAGCCAAAGAAGUAAAAGACGAUAAUGAAAAACGUCUAAUUGUUAUCUUAGAAAACGCACAGUUGGAAACUGUUAAAGUUGGAAAAUCUUUUGAACUAUUAAACCCUGAUGAACAUGCACAUAUAUUACGUAAAAACGGCAGAGAGAUAGGAAAUUGUAGACCCGAUAUAUCUCAUCAGUGUCUAUUGAUGUUAUUCGACAGCCCACUGAAUCGUGCUGGCUUACUUCAAGUGUACAUUCACACGGAAAAUAAUGUUCUUAUUGAAAUAAAUCCUCAAACACGAAUCCCUAGGACAUUUAAACGUUUUGCUGGACUAAUGGUUCAGCUGUUACAUAAAUUUAGCGUAAGAGCAGCUGAAACUUCUGCCAAAUUAAUGAAAGUAAUUAAAAAUCCAAUUACCGAUCAUUUACCAGCUGGAUGUCGAAAAGUAGCGACUUCUUUUUCUGCCGAAAAACCUAUUAAGCCAUCUGAACUUGUUCCUCAAGAUGCUCCGAUUGCUUUUAUUGUUGGUGCAAUGGCUCAUGGACAGAUUAAAGCAGAUUAUGCUGAACAAACCGUAGCAAUAAGUAACUAUCCACUUUCAGCCGCACUGACAUGCACUAAGAUAUGUUCAGCUUUCGAAGACAGUUGGGGUAUAUUGUAAAAUUGUACAUGUGAUUAAUAUUAUUAUUAUUUUUUUUAAUUGUUUUGUAUAAAGUUAUCCUACCCUAACAUACCAACUUGAUGUAAGAUGUUUUAAAUUGGUAUCAUAAUAAAUUACCAAAUCAAAAUCUGUCUUUAAAACUAAUUAUAAAAAAUAAUACAAUUUGGAAAUACACAUGAAACUUAAUAUUUUAAUCUACUCAACUAGUUAAAAUUUAAAUGCAGAAGAUGUAUGAAAUCUAUUAUUUUUGUAAUUAUUUUCAAAUGUAUUAGUUAGUGUUGGGACUAUAAUAUUACCUGUUAAAUGUAAAUAGCUUUCAUUGAUUGGCAGCAGGUAUAGUUUUUCAUAAAAAAAAUCACUCUCUUACUAGAAUUUGUGUAUUUAACCAAUGUUCUGAAAUAAUCGGGUACACAAGUCAAAUACUUAUAUAUGAAAGUCAUUAUCCUGUACAAGUUAAUUCAUCAUUUCUAUAAAUUGAUUUUAGAUAACAAUAUCAUUUAGUAUUAACAAUAAUAUUUAAUAUGUAAAUAGCUCUAUUGGCAAUACUCAAUAAAACUAAAAUUGAUAGUUCUUUCUAUCAUGGUGUAUCAUAACUCAUAUAGGAUGUUUUGUAAAAUAAUUGUACAAACAUUGCAACAAAUAGGUUCUAUAGGUUCAUCGUACUUUUAUAAUAAGUUUCACCCACCUAAUAUUAACCAUAAAUUAAAUGAAUCUUAAAGCUAACUUAAAAUUGUAUACAAUCAAUAAUAAAUUGUUACGGGUAGUAUAUUUAUAAAAAAUUGAUGAAUACAUGUAAUAAUAAAUUACAUUUUUUUUCAUAAUUCAGCUCAAGGUGUUUUACUAAUUUAAGAUGUCAAUUGACCAGUUGAUACCAGAUUCUUGAAAAACAUAUAUGAUGCUUUUGGUGUACGAGUUCUUUGAGGAUCAUUAAAAUCUACAUUAAUAAGUCCAAAAUGAAUU